AAUGGACACAAAUGAUGUCAUUAUUAAAGAUUUAGAAAUGAGAUUUCAUGAAAUUUGGCUUCAAAUUUCAUCGAUAUCUAUGAAAAGUUUUCAAGUUCAACUUAUUUGUCAACAUUUUGGAUUUCCUCAUGGUACACUUAUACCAAUGAAAAGACCAGUAGACAUGAGAAUGACUGGUUUACAAUGUAGAAAGAGUUAUUCUCUGUUGACGCAGUGUAGAACAGAAUUUGUUGUGUGA